CAAUGAUAAUGAUGAUGUGAUGUGAUGCGAUAACCGGUUCUACCCCUUUAUCAACAACAACAAAAAAUCAUUAAAAACUUUGAUCGAAAAAAAAGAAAAAAUUUAAAUUUGAUUAAAAAAAACUAGUCAAACCAACAUAAUAUAUCCUCGGGUCAAACAUCUCUUUCAAUCAAAAAGAUGACCAGCCACUUUUCAUAAAGAUUGUUUGAUUUUUUUUUCUUGGUUUCUCUCUCCACACUCUUGUCUGACCUAUUUCUAAUCUUAACAUCUCAUCAAUAUACCUGGAGAAAAAAAAACGUUUUUCUUCGAAUUAUCAUCAUUAUCGUCAUCGUUGUCAAUCUCGUUUUGAUUUUUCUGAUUUUCGUUUCAAACAACAACAACAAAAAAAUUCACUUUUCAAACAAAUUCUUUUCCAUUCUAGGAAAAAAUACCUGAGAAAAAACUUUUUCGCUAGUCAUUACCGAAACCACUACACAUCACAAACAAAAACUAUUUAUAUAUUAGGAAAAAAUGCUGUCUAGAAAUAUUCAUCGUAUAAAUUCUCGUUCGAUCGUUUCAUCAUUAUCGAAAUUAUUUGAUAAAAAUUCAUCAUCCACAACAACAACAACGAUAUCGAAAUCACAAUUAAUCAUCAAUACUCGAUCGAAUUUAUUGAUCCAUUCCACAAGAAAUAUGGUUACGCAAACAAAACCCGGUGAUAAAUUGAUACAAAAAACAUCGAACCAACAACAACCAUCAACAACAAUCGAUCUGAAUGAAUUCAAUGAUAUUUAUGAACAAGCACAUUUAAAAGCUAUCGAUGAUAUCAAUAAUGAUGAACUACCGCAAUCAAUCAAUCAAUCAUUAAAUGAAGCAAAAGAAUGGCUAAAAACAGUAAUGGAUUAUAAUGUUGGUAAAGGUAAAUGUAAUCGUGCACGUAUUUGUUGGUUAGCUUAUCGACAAUUAUGUUCAACAACAUCGAAUGAUGAUUCAUUGUUGAUGAUAAAUCGUGAAGAAAAAAAUCUUCAAAUUGGUAUCUUGGGUUUUUGUCUAGAAUUGUUGCAAGCUUAUUUUCUUAUUUAUGAUGAUAUUAUGGAUGGUUCAUUAACACGUCGUGGUCAAAAUUGUUGGUAUCGAAAGGAUGAAGUUGGUAUGAUUGCCAUCAACGAUGGUGUUAUGUUAAGCAGUUUAAUGCAUUAUUUAUUGAAACAAAAUCUUGGUUCAUCACCAAUGUAUACAAAAAUUGUUGAAUUAUUUAAUGAUGUUACACGUUAUACAUCAUAUGGUCAAUGUUUAGAUAUUUUAUCUAAUCCUCAUUCGUCAUCAAUAGAUUUUUCAAAAUUUACACAGGAACGUUAUGCAACGAUUGUACAAUUCAAAACAGCUUACUAUACAUUUUCAUUACCAAUACGAUUGGCAAUGUAUUUGGUUGGAAUUUCCGAUCCAAAUGUACAUCAAGAAGCGGAAGAAAUUCUAUUGAAAAUUGGACAUUUUUUUCAAGCACAAGAUGAUUAUUUGGAUUGUUUUGGUAAUCCCCAAGUGACCGGUAAAAUUGGUACCGAUAUUGAAGAUGGAAAAUGUUCAUGGCUUUUUAUUCAAGCUAAAAAUCUAGCUAAUGAUAAUCAAAGAAAAUUACUUUAUCAACAUUAUGGUUGUAAAUCGGAAGAAUCGAUUCAAAUUGUACGAAAUUUAUAUAAAGAAUUAUGUUUGGAAAAAAUAUUCGCUGAAUAUGAACAACAAAAAUAUCAUGAUAUUUGUUCACGGAUUGAACAAAUUGAAGAAAAAAUUUUACCAAAAGAUUUAUUUCAUAUGGUACUAACUAUGAUUUAUAAACGUAAACAAUGAGUGAAAGGAUUCUUUUCUUCUUUUACAUUUUCCAAUUUAAAAUCUCAAUAUAAUUUAUUGCCAUAA